AUGACUGCCGAGCCACGCUCUGCCGUCACUCCAUCUUCAGGGGAAAAGGCCCGCGCUAGACGAAGGCAUGGACCGGCUGUGUCGUCCGCUUGGCCGAAUAGCAACGGCUCGAUAACAGGGAAGAGUCGCGGGAGGCCGCCCAAUACAUCAUCGACAUCAGGGUCAUUCUCUACCUUCCAGGUGAACCCAAGUCGGGAUUCCUCGCAGGUUCUUCAGCCCCAUAUUACGCAGUCCUCCCCGCUUGUAAUUGACCAGGACUCUUCAAAUGUCGUGGUGGCCUCUUCCUAUGACCGGUCGCCAACACCUGCCAAUCAGGGAAGACCUGGUAAACUUCAAUUACAGGUUCCUCCACACUUAGGCGCUCCGGUGCGCCUUGCUACACCUCCCACACUUCUAGUCAAUGGCGUCAACGGCGCGGUUGUGCCCCAAGAUCAAGGGCCGCAUGAUUCUCAGUCCGCCCAUAAGGCAGAUUCCCUCAGUCAUGGUGGUCCAUUGGCAGAGCAAGGCAUGCCAACAAAUGACCCAAAAAUACCAAUGGAGGACAUUAUCCCCACUAUGUCAAACGCGCUUCUCCAUGCACGUGUCACAGGACAAACAUCUCAUAUAACACCGGAUGAGGCUCGGGCUUUGGCGUCAGCAUUGGCCAUAAGUUUGAGCACCCUAUACUCACACUUACCUUUCCAACUUCCCUCAUUUCUUUUAGUCUUCCAGCUUGGUAUUGGGCACCAUUUUGGUCUUCCGGUCAACAGUCAGCACUCAAUAACUGUGAAUACUGAGCAUGCUACCCCAAAUACAGCCAUGGUCGGCCUGUCGGGCCCGGUAGAACCUGUGGGUGGAACGCGAUAUACCGUCUCCUUCGAGUAUAAUCCAUCUUGUCGUCUGUCUUUGCAGGUUGUGCUAGCAAACUUCAAGACAGGAACCGUCCCCGAUGGUACUUUCAAUCAAAUGAUAGUUCCCCCCCCGGUCUCGGAUCCACUUGACCAGAAUAAUGAUAUACCUGGAUUUGACCCCGAGGAGGAUGAUCUUGGCCAUUCCGCCUCGGACGCUACCUGGAAGCAACGCUAUAUAAGGCUUCGAGCCCAGAUGCAGAAAAAAGAACGGGCUUUAUCCCAAUACAAGCGCAAGAUUGUGGAAUCAGUGAUGGCAGAUAUCUGA